AUGGAAGUACGCAACCGGUCAAAGCAGCCACUCGCCCAACUUGACCCGUCACCACCCGCAACUACUUUGUCGCGCCCUGCCACCAAAACGCCUGGGUCAGAAGUCAACCUUCAAUCGCUCUUCUGCUUCCUUUUUGCGUUUCGCCUCAUCAAUGCUCUACUGACGCGAACAUUCUUCCAACCAGACGAGCACUACCAGACGACCGAGAUCGCACAUCGCAUCGUCUUCGGCUAUGGCUUCAAGAGCUGGGAGUGGUCUUCUGCCAGCACGUCUUCCAGCGAUGCGUCGUACCUCACCGCUGCCGUGAACAACUUGCUCAAUGGUCCUGUUCGGUCCAUCCUCCACCCGCUGCUGUUUGCACCCGGCUAUGCGCUGCUCAAGUGGACAGCGCUCGACAAGACGUAUGCGCUCGUUCUGUUUCCUCGCCUUCAGCAAGCGCUCGUCGCAGCUAUCGGUGACUUUUACACGUUUCGUCUCGCACAUCGCAUCGGCGGGCCCACAGUGGCUUGGUGUGCAACGCUGAUCGGUCUCUCCAAUCUGUACGGCCUCUUCACGGCUACGAGGACGUUCAGCAACUCGACCGAAGCAGCUAUUACGGCAGCGGCGUUGUUCUACUGGCCCUUUGUGCCCUUUUUCUCUGGCAGCUUCGAUGUCGCUACCUUUUCCACCGCAGACGAGCGUGCAAAGCUGCAGGACUUGCAAGGACCCGGAUGCGUAUGGCAGCAAUCCGCGCCGCGGUACGAGCAGAGUCAGGACGACAUGGAUCUGGACCACAAACAAGUCUCGCGGCUGAUCUACGACCGCGCGCUGCGGAAGAGUGUUUUGCUCGCCGCUUUUGCGUGUCUGUUGCGCCCGACAAACGGCGUGUUGUGGAUCUACCUGGCCUCAGAGCUGCUCGUUCGACAGCUGCGCUGCAUUCAGCCCAAGGCUGCUGCCGCUCCUUCCUCCGGCAAGACCAGUGAAAGCGCCGAACCACAGUCUGUGCUGCCUCUGCUCGAAUUCGUCGGUGAAGCCAGCAGCUUGGUCAGCACUCUCGCCAUCGUCGGAUUCAGCACUGUCAGCGCUGCUUUUAUCAUCGACACGACGUACGAUUACCUUGCCAACCAGGCUCACCGCAAGGCAGGAGCAGUGCUGCCGGCGCUGAGCCUCGUAUCGUUCCUGCACAAGAAUGUGGUGGCCAACUUGAGCAUUUUCUAUGGAGCCAAUCCCUGGCACUGGUACAUCACUCAAGGCAUACCCGUGCUGUGCACUAUCUGGCUGCCAGCGACGCUGGUUGGGCUGUUGGGCGCACUUCAGCACCGUGCACCCGUAGGACGGGGGCCAGGGCUGGCCGAAGAUGCGAAGCGCUCGCUGGCCAGGCUUGUGUGCGCUACGGUUGCAGUAUACUCGCUGCUGGGACACAAGGAGUUUCGGUUUCUGCAACCGCUUCUUCCGGCCCUGACCGUGCUGGCGGCGACGGGGCUCGCAGACUCGUACGCCCGCGAACAGCGAAGCCGAGAAGGCAACCCUGCAAGACAGAUCUGGCGCACGCUCAAUGCUCUUCCGCUUUGGCUGCGCGCGGUGCUACUCACACUUCAGCCGAUUGCCGCGGUCUACCUGACCAGCGUCCACGCUGUAGGACAGGAACAGGUGCCCUGGGAGCUCGGGCGCAUCUACCGCGAGCAGCAGCUCUUACCUCAAUCGGAACCGGUCGAGUUUGGCACCGAUUUCGGCCGCAUCCACAGCCUGGGCUUCCUCAUGCCGUGCCAUUCGACACCGUGGGCGACACACUUGCACGACCAAUCCCUCGUGGAACGAAGCUGGUUCAUCGAGUGUCCGCCGCCUCCUUCCCGUCACGAGAUGACCCAAGCGCAGGCAUCGACAAAGUACUGGGACCAGAGCGACUUUUUCUACCACGACCCCAUCAAGUACCUCGUCGACCGGCUGCCGUACAAUGUCGAUACACACUAUCCGCCUUCUCCGCCGCCGUCCGCUGCGCUGGUGGCAGGCGAGGGAGCGCCACAUCCGUGGGACAAAGGGUGGCGCCACUCGUGGCCCAGCCACCUGGUCGUGUUUGAGAGUUUGCUCGAGGAAGGGACGCGGAAGGUGGGGCAUACGAGGACAUUCAAGAAUCUGCUCAGUUUGAAAGGGUACAGGGAGGUGGCGAGGUAUUGGAACACGCCCAAGCAUGAAGAUGCGAGAAGGGAUGGCGAUAUUGUUGUGUUGGCGUACAAGGGGCCCAAGUCGCACCGCUAG